GAUUGAUUCUGAAGACAUCUGAUGAAUAUGAAGAAAUGUAGAGGCCGGACAUUCCGAAAGAGGAGAAGAAAUCACUCUAGAUAUUUUUCACAAUUUAAUCUUAGCCACAAAUGUGAAUACAUAUGUCUUAAGAAAUGGCUGAAAGAAAGAGGCUAUGAAGACAGUAUAUUAAGGCCAGCCCAAUUUUCAGAAACCGGAAGAGGACUGAUGACCACAAAAGCCCUUCAGGCAGGACAGUUGAUUAUGGCAUUGCCUGAGAAAUGCUUGCUCACCUCUGAUACUGUACUUAACAGCUACCUCGGAGAAUACAUUAUAAAAUGGAGGCCUCCAAUUUCUUCUUUGACUGCACUGUGUACAUUUCUGAUAGCAGAAAAAUGUUCUCUCAAGAAGUCUCUGUGGCGGCCUUACCUGGAUCUUCUACCUGAAACAUACACCUGUCCUGUCUACUUGGAGCAACAGGCAGUGGACGUGCUUCCUGAGCCCUUGAGAAGAAAGGCCCAUGAGCAAAGAAGUCUCGUGCAGGAGCAGUAUAUCUCAUCCAAGAGUUUUUUCUUUUCCCUGCAACCUCUGUUUCUUGAAAAUGUGGAAUCUGUUUUUAACUACAGCGCCUUCAAAUGGGCUUGGUGCACCAUAAAUACAAGAACAGUAUAUAUGAAGCAUUCACAGAAGGAAUGUUUUUCUAGAGAACCGGAUAACUAUGCAUUAGCCCCAUACUUAGACCUACUAAAUCAUAGUCCAACUGUCCAGGUGAAAGCUGGAUUUAAUGAAAAGACAGGAUGCUAUGAAAUAAAGACCCUUUCACGCUGUGCAAAAUACAAAGAAGUAUUUAUUAACUAUGGCCCUCAUGAUGAUCAGCGCCUGCUGCUUGAAUAUGGUUUUGUUGCCCCCAGUAAUCCACACAACAGUGUGCAUGUUGGGUCAGAUUGUCUUCUUGAAUAUCUAAUUCCAGAGGAUAAGCAGAGGCACAUGAAAGUUUCCAUUCUGAAAGAGCACAAACAUUUAGACAAUCUGACAUUUGGAUGGGAUGGGCCCUCUUGGAGACUUCUUACAGCACUCAAGAUAUUGUGUCUUGAAGCAGACCAGUUUACUUCAUGGAAGAAAGUGCUGCUUGGUGAAACCAUUUCAGAGAGGAAUGAAAAGAAGUGUUUGGACCUUGCAAGAAAAAUAUGUACGUCACUGACAGAGGAGACGCAGCAUGCCCUUCAGAAGGUAUCGUGUUUAAAACAGGAUUAUGUGGAUCUUAUAAACCAACUAACUUUGGUAGAGGCAUUACGUAUGGAAGAUCUAAAAAUCUUACUACUAUCAGCUAAGAAUCUUUGA